CUGACUCUCAGCAUGGACCCAGUAUCUCCCCAACCAGCGCCCGACAUGAAAAAGGACUUAUACGUGAAAGAAAAUGGUACUGUUUAAUAGUACCGUCUGCGCUUUGUACUUAGCGAAAGGAGAUAUUUGAGCCGAAGAGUUCCCGAUAACUGAGCGUGUUCCGCGUAAAAGACGAAGGACGCAGUUGAGGAGGGUGAUCUCAGUGUGGAGUCAACACUGCAAGAGUCCAUCGCCAUGAAACUAAAUCCCCAACAAGCUCCAGUCUAUGGCGAGUGUGUGUUGACAGUUCAGCUUGACGAUGAAGACGCCAAGGGAGAAGAGGACAAAGAGGAGGAGGCCGACUUUUUUCUUCUAUUUUCAGGGUCCAACCAAAGACAUCUGACCAGCACACUGCGAGUCGGCCACGUCACACUGCAGGCUGUGUGUCCAGCCCAUGAUGUGUGUGAGCAGGUCUUGGUGACCUUGUGUAAGGCCCGGCCCGAUGGACCCGUCACCACCCUGUCUCAGGAGACCUUCUGCUUCAUUCAGGACUUGGCUCUGGACAUGGCCCACUUCCUGCUCGACAACAAAGCCCCGCAGGAAGCCCUGCUAUUUGAUGAUGAGCAGAUUCCAUUGGAAGAGUGUGAGAGGUUGGAUCAGAACCUGGCUCUGGCCCUGCAACACCUGUCCCUAGCCCACGAGAGGGCCGGUCCAGUUGUGGACGGACAGAUGGCGGUCACUGACGCACACAGGGCCACAGAGGUCUCCACACUGCUGGACAGCCGCAACAUUGCGUCUCGCUGCCAGCAGCUCUCCAGUCUGCUGCACUUGGCAGCCAGCCACGGCCUGAGGACGGUGGCGGCGUUCCUCCUGCAGCAGCCGGGAGGCCGGGAGGCGCUGAGCAGGCCCGACGCUCAGGGCCUGACUGCAGCACGUCUGGCUGAGAGCAGAGGACAUCGGCAGCUGGCGGAGCUCUUCACACUGUACGAGACGUCCCUAAAUGUCCAAGCAGAGGAGCAGCACCUUUACGCGGAUGGCCAGCUGUUCCAGCACCACGCAAACGUCGGUACAUACACCCUGACCUUCCCGGGCCUCUAUAGGACGGAGGGGGCGGCAGAGACACAGGUGGUAUGGGAGGAGGUGGAGGAGCUGAGGAGGCGUAUCUACCUGCACAGGGAGGACAAGGGAAAGUCAGCCUGUGCGGCCACCCGCACACUGACAUGUGACCCGGCCACCCCUGGCGGUGGGAUGCAGCCCUGCUCUAACGGCCUGUCUGCGGUAACCACGGAAACCUGCAGCACAGCAAUAGAGGAACAGGGACGUCCUCGGUCACUGGAGGAGAGAGCACAGGGGCAGGACCCUGCUGUUGUCACUCACGCAUCCGGUACCAGUGGACCUCUUUGUCAGAGGCAGGAAGCUGGCGGAGAACAGAAGGGCACACCGGCUGCCAACUCUCCUGCUGCUCGAAGGAGGAAAAACAGAAAGAGGACUACGACAACCGCAAGACUUGCAGCUGAAUCUCCAGGAAGUAACAGAAGCACCACAGAGGCCGGUAUAGGGAGGGCACGCAGACCCGCAAAAACUACAGGAAGUAGUGCAGAGACGGAUGAGAGCGUUUCACCGGCAGGCAUAGUGGCGGCAUCUGUGAUCGGAGCCACAAAAACUCACAACAGAGCAGAGGAGACUCUAUUACCCACAAAGCCAGUGUCUACACCGGGUGCUGAUGGGAAGUGCGCUGGCAGGAAAGCAGCGUUCUUGCCCGCCGACGCCAUCAUAGAAAAACAGGAAGGAGAAAAGUGGGAAGUUGACCUGCUGACAUGUGAGCGGGUUGCCAAGACAAAGAUAGAGCAGAGAGACACUAAGUGUUUCCCUGCAGAAGACGUUGAAGAAUCGGUCGCAGAGAGAACAGCAGCCAUGGGUCAGGAGCAAUCCCAGGAUCAACAGGAAAGCCAGUCGGACCAAGACGAGCCGGGCCAAGUUGACACCAUGGACUCCAGUCGUCGGUCUGGCAGGAGCAACGGCCCCAAGUCCCCAGACACGGAGAGGAAACCCCGGAGAGUGCUGUGGCGGGAUGGAGGCUGGCUGGGAAGCAGAAUGGGAUCAGAAACCGCUGCGAAAGCAGUCUGGUAUCAGGGGGAAAAGCCGGACAAGGCCGCCGAUGAAGACUGGGACAGGGAGGAAGCAAACUCCCAGUCAGUUUGGUAUGACCGUGACACGGUAGAUCAGAGACAACACAAACAGCUGGAGCAGGUAAUGAAAGAGCAGGAAGAAUGUGGUUUGAGCGCAGCACUGGCUUCUGGUCUUAGUUCUCCACAGCUGUUAGAACAGUCUCGAAGUUCUCACCGACUGUCUUCAGCUCUUAGUCAGCCACAUGCUGCUGGAACGCAGCCAGCGCUGUCACAUGGGCCGUGUGCACAAAGACGGGAAGUACACGGAUCACAGGGAGAGGAGGAAGUAGGGCCAGAUUGGAAGCAGAGAGGAGUGGCGAGAGACGGAGAGGAGGCAAGUGGCAGAGAUACGACUCACAGCAGAAAGAGUUCAGAAACGGCAGACAUCGAAGAAGGAGUGGAGGGAGAGAGCCAAGGGAGCGCAGACAAAGGAGCAAAGGGCAGAAAAAGGAGGAGGAAGAAGAGGGGGAGGAAAGGUGCAGAGGGCAAGCUUAGCUCCAGCUCCAGCAUCGAGUCUCAGAGUCAGAUAGAGAUAAAGACGCAGAGAGAACAAGUGUCGGACCUUAACGCUGCGCUGGAAGCCAAGGAUAUACCAGGAGAGGUGGACAUAGAGACUCCAAGCAGCGACACUAUGCAUCUGCCCGGCCAGACCAGGGACGCUCGUGGACCUGACAUCACAAACCCGGAUCUUAGUGAAUCAUCUCUGGAGUUCAAUUCGACAGAGUGUGGGAGACCAGAUGCCACACAAACUCUGGAAACAAAGGAAUUAUCAGAGGACGACAGUAGGGACACAGACUCUAUUUUCACUGCUUCAGACCUACAAAUGGAGAUCCGAAAGGCAGAUAUGGAGGGAAUUGUUCAUCCAGUAGAAAAUGAAAUACUUUACCCCACAGAGGUGGACCAGCUGGUCCACCAAGCAGUGGAGUCAAAGCAAUUGUUCAUAAACAAGGAUCAAAUGCUCGCUGGUAAUGCUGUAGCAUCCGUGGACCGGACUGGUUUGGUGGAAUCCAACUGCCCAAAGGAACUUCCUGUCAAACUUUCAGGUCCCAUAGAAUCUACAGAGGGCUCGUCUCUUGCGGAAUUUCCUGAACAGAAAACGCAACACGAACAGUCUGUCGAGUCAAACAAACCUGCGGAUCCCACAGGAUCGGCGUGUCCUGCUGGAGCCCGGGGUCUGCUGUUUGAGGGCAUGGAGGAUGUUUUACCACUUGAAAUGCUGGAAUCAACCUCUAAGACAACUGCGAGGGGAUAUUUGGAGCAUUGUUUUUCCUCUCUGAGGCCCACAGAUCAGCAGCAUGAGGAAAAGAGGAAAGAGUCUCUGCUGGGUGAAGAGGAAGCAGGUAGCGAAAGGAGCAGGAGUGGGGAGAAUAACAGUGGGAUGGUGCGCUGCGAGGAAUGUUCUUCCAUAGACCAAGAGCAGGACCACAACGAAGGUAUGGUUGCCACGGCAAUAGCGAUCGUAACGGUAGCAAUAGCAUCAGCCAUGGCUAGCAUAGAGCUGAGCCAACAGUUAGCAGACAAUCAGUCAGAGAGACAAGAGCCAAUAAACCAGAUGCCACACAAUUCACUCAAAGCUGUUCAGCCUGCACAGCUGAUAGACAAAGAAAACUGUCAACUGCUACCAGAUGAGAAAGAUAACCCACCUACACAGCACUUCCUCCAACUCACGGACCAGUUUGCCUCGAAAGAACAAGCUAAUGUUGAAAUAUCAGUGCAGUCUGACUGUGGUGCAUUGCAUUGUAACACUGGGCCACCAACAGAACAGCUGACCAGCAACAAUACUGUUAAACUCGACCUGUUAGCUUUUGCAGAAACUCUGCAGAAAGAGGAAAUGCGAACAGAAACUAUGCAAAACAAAGUCUGUAGAUAUCUACUACCUGAAGAAGAAGACAGCCUGACCCAAGUUAACGAUGAAACCAUUAUGAGCGAGGAAGACUGCCAUGGUCGCUUCCAGGUAGAAAUCCAGCCGCAACGUCCUGUUGCAGACCCAUGCAAACAUCCAGAGGCUUCUGAGCAUAGAGGCCCCCAAGAGAGUGGUGUGCAGCCAAGACUGCAUGGAGAAGAUAGUCCCCCUUUAGCAACUGUACCUGCUGGGGAUGACGUAGAAAGGCUGGACAGUCCACACACCUUUAAUGCGUUGGGUGAGAGAGACCCACAGCUAGAUGGUCAGAGAGAAACCCCAUGUGGAGAGGAGAUUCAGAUCUCGCUGCUAACGUGCAGCUCCUCACUUCCUGUUGCUUCCUGUGACUCGACUCUCAGGACCAAUCCCGGUCCAGAGGGACCGUCUGUCCCCCUAAAGGCAGCGACUGGCCUACAUCGGUCAGUAACGGACACACUGGUGAUCCCUGCUCUCCCACUUGAUGCUGACAGCAGCACAGUCCCGAACCAAGUUAGCGAGCCUGACCUCCCUGAUCAUGUGGGCAGUGUAGUUGAAGGGCUGGAGAAAUCCCUGGAUACAGUGGACGGAUGGAAGGAGAGAGAAAAGAAUAAAAGAAAAAGGGAAGAGGAAGAAAGAAAGGAGCUGGUCGCAGUGGACGUCCCAUCCCAAACAGCCGCCGAAAAGGAGCAGCAAGAGGCGAGGCGGGACUCAGACGCCACGCACGAUCCGCAGAUCCAGAGGGAGAGAGAUGUUUUCUGUCCACAACCCAACACAGAGUCAACAUGUACAGACGGAGGGGACUGUGUGUCUGUGUGUUUGCUGCACACAGACAAAGACGGUGCGAAAGUCAACGCCGAACUGGAUGACGGUGUCUUUAAAAAGCCCAGAGACCCUCCGCCUUUCAAUGGACACAGGGAUAGAGGGGUUCGAGUCUCCAGGACCUCCAACAAUGAUGAGGGGGCUGUGUCGGGGGGGGCACCUGACGCUGUGACCCCUCGGAGCUCCAGGUUGUGCUGGAAGUCCAAAACAGAAGACAGAGGAGGAGGACGAGAAGGAGGGACGGAAGGAGGCGGAGCAGAAGAAGAAGAGAAAAAAGACCAGCUUCCAGAGAAUCCCCUCUCCUCCGCGGUCCUGCGAGCCUCCCUGUGCUCCUCGUCUCCGUUGCGUCGCCACAGCUGGGAGCCGACCAGGACCAAUGCCGCCGCGCAUGUAGAUGUUGCACAGCGCAGCAUGGAAGUACACCUCCAUCGCCGUCUGUCCACUGACGGUCCACUUGUCCCUUGUCUCAGCUCUUUGAGAGGUCUUCCAGGAGAGGGGCAGAGAGCCAAGCCGCCCCUCCACCGGAGAAGCAUGAGCUGGUGUCCAUCCAACCUGCGUCCCCCUGAUCAGCAGCAAAUAGGCAGCAGAAGCUACAGCCUGGAGGGUCUGGAGGUGGAGAAGGCCGCGCUGCGAGCUCACUGCCCCAGCCUCGGCGAGCAGGAGGAGAGGGCCGCGAUGAGGAGUUCACGCCUGGACAGCCAGGAGAGAGGCUCGCUGGUCUCCCUCACCGAGGAGGAGCAGGAGGGAGACGCAAGCAGCAUGAGCGGCCAGGUACUGUCAGUGACAAACAGCUGCCCUGCUAUGUUCCAUCACCAAACCCUCACCAAAUCCAUCUCCAUGGUCGCCAUCAGUCCCCGCGAUAUAGAUGGGGUCAGUGCAUUCUCCAAUAACUCCGGGUCCCUGGAAUACAGUAUUUCCGAGGAGGAGCCGGGACCUCUACGGAGCGAAGCCGAGGCAAAAGGAGGACCUAAAAUCAGCCGGACGUUUAGCUACAUCCGCAACAAGAUGACCAAGAAAAGCAAGGAGAAGGAGCGGAAAGGCGAGCGGGAGCGUGAGAGUAAAGAGAGAGAAAAGAAGAGUGCAAGUGGUCACCUCUUCCUCCCAGUCAGUCCCUCUCCGUCCACGGCCUGUCAGCACUGCAGCAAACUCCUGAACAACAAGGAAACGUUCCUUUGCAGCAACUGUGGGGCCCAUGUACAUAAGUGCUGCAGGGAAAGUCUGCCCAUCUGUACAAAGAGCAAAACAAAGCAGCAGUUGCUGGUGCCCGAAGCUGCUCCGGGGUCAGCUGUGAACAUGAGGAGUAAAUCCACAUCUUCAGCAUCAUCUGUAUCCUCCACGUCUUCCUCAUUGUCGCGGGAACGCUGGUCCACAGCAACCAGCCCUGACGACCAGCUCCCUUUGAUUUUCCCACGAAGACACCCCAAUCUCUUCAAUCCACACAGCAACCUGGCAAAGAGCAUCUCCACCAGCAACAUAGCAGGGUUAGACGAAGUUUCACUGAAAGGCUUGAAGUUUCUUUCCCAGUCCACCGACUCUCUGCACAAGGGGGGCAAAGUCAAUGCCUCGACUGAGUCCCUCACGGAUGAAGGUACCGAGAUGAUGGACAGCCAGCUGAUGGGAGAGUUUGAGUGCGACACUAAAGAUCUGGAAGCCGAUUCUUGGAGCGGCACAAUGGAUAAGAAGUUCUUGAAAAUGUUAAAGAAAGACGAAAUCAAGAAACAAGACGUCAUCUAUGAGUUGUACCAGACAGAGUUCCACCAUGUGAGGACACUGAAGAUCAUGUCUGAAGUUUACUACAAAGGUCUUCAGAAAGAGCUGCAGCUCGACUCUCAAACUCUGGACAAGAUUUUCCCUGUUUUGGACGACAUGUUGGACACGCACACACAUUUCCUCACCCUGCUCCUGGAGAGAAAGAAAGCUUCAUCAACAGAGGGACAAAACAACAACAACUUCCUCAUCUUCAGCAUCGGGGACGUGCUGCUCAACCAGUUUUCAGGCUGCAGCGCUGAUCGCAUGAAGAAGGUUUACGGGAAGUUCUGCAGUCGCCACAACGAAGCCGUCAAUCUUUACAAAGACCUGCACGCCAAAGACAAACGCUUCCAGGCAUUCAUCAAGAGAACGAUGAGCAGCAGCAUCGUGCGAAGACUCAGCAUCCCAGAAUGCAUUCUGCUCAUCACCCAGAGGAUCACCAAAUAUCCCGUUCUCAUCCAGAGGAUACUGCAGCACACUAAAGACUCGGAUGAAGACCAUGGCUGUGUCUGUGAAGCUCUGCGCCGCGUGAAGGAGCUGAUCAAGGCUGUGGACAGCAAGGUCAACGAGCAGGAGAAGAAACAGAAGCUGAGGGAGGUGUACAGUCGCACCGACAGCAAGUCCAUCAUGAGGAUGAAAAGCGGCCAGAUGUUCGCUAAGGAGGACCUGAUCAGAGGGAGGAAGCUUCUGCACGACGGAGCGCUGCAGCUGAAGAACUCAGCUGGGCGACUCAAAGACGUCCAGGCCAUGCUCCUGUCGGACGUGUUGAUCUUUCUUCAAGAAAAAGACCAGAAAUAUGUCUUUGCCUCAUUGGACCAGCGCUCCACCGUCAUUUCUUUACAGAACCUGAUAGUCAGAGAAGUGGCCAACGAGGAGCGAGGUCUCUUUCUGAUCACAGCUGGAAUAGAGAAACCAGAGAUGGUGGAGGUGUUGGCCAGCAGCAAGGAGGAGCGUAACACGUGGAGAGCCAUCAUACAGGACGCCAUGCACUGCAUGGAGAAAGACGAGGACGAGGGAGUCCCCAGUGAGACAGAAGAGGACAGGAGGCAGCAGGAGAGCAGAGCAAAGGAGAUCCGAGAGCUUCUACGAAGGAAAGACGAGCAGAUCAUCUCUUUAUUAGAGGAGAAGGUCCACAUCUUCAGGGACCUGGGGGACUCUAGUCCCGCCCCCGACGAUACCAAUCCACCGGUCAGAGAGCGGAUGUUGUUCAUGGCCACACCCGACGACGUCACAAAGGGGGAGCCAAUCAUGAUGGAAGCCCUGAGGGAAGUGGAGAUCCUGCACGGCUUAGUCAACAGCGGCGUCGGUGGAGCCGGGUGCAGUGUUCCAGUCAGCCCGGCAGGGGGCAGCGUGGGACCCGUCUGUCUGCCCAGGAGAGCGGAGACAUUCGGGGGCUUUGACAGUCACCAGAUGAACAGCAGCAAGAAUGGAGAAAAGGAAGAAGGGGAUGAAUCACUGGACCUCCGUAGGACUGAGUCAGACAGCGUGUUGAAGAAGGGAGCCACUGCCAGCCUCCAGAUGUUGCUGAAGAGAAACAAUGAGCAGGUGGAGCACAGUGUGACACAUCUUCACAGCCUGCUGAUCUCACUGCAGGCCGUGGUGGUGCAGCAGGACUCGUUCAUCGAGGACCAGCGGCAGACGCUGAGCGAGCGGCUCACCGCCAAUUCCUCCAGACACUCUUCGUCGUCCUCGCUCUCGUCGUCUUCCUCGUCCCGCCCCUCCUCCCUCAUCGAGCAGGAGAAACACAGGAGUCUGGAGAGACAGCGGCAGGAGGCGGCCACCCUGCAGAAACAGCAAGCUGCACACCAGGAGGAAAAGAGGAGGAGAGAGAAGGCGUGGGAGCUGAAGGACAGGUGUCUGGCAGAGCGGGAGGAGAAGCUAAGGGCAGACGAGGACCAAACCCAAAUGAGGCGUCGGGAGGUGAUGGAGGAAUGGGAGACGCUCCGGAGGCGGAAAGAGGAGUACCAGGUGGAGCUGGAGAGGCUCAGGGAGGUGCAGAGGAGGCUGGAUAGAGACAAGGAGGCUUUGAAGAAAGACACUGAGAGACUUGAGGCCAUGAAGAAAGACAAGUCGGAGCAGCAUCAUCUGUACCAGCGGACUCCCUCCACCACCUCCGAGGAGUCCGUAAGGUUCCACAGCUCCGGGUCUCUGGAUCUUGAACCCAAGGAGGCAACAGAAAAGCCGAAAGUGGUGGAGCUCUCAACCUCCGCCCCGACCAAAGAACCUUUCCUCCGCAUUGGAUCCAAGAGGAUGAAGAAAAACUUCAACCCCUUUUCCUCGUCGUCCUCUUCCAAGACUCAGGGAGCAGAGAAGGAGUCUCAGCUCCCCAGCAGACUGCUUCAGCUGACCAAACCCAAGGAGAAGAAGGACAAGAGGAAGAAGAAGGGCAAAGGAGAACAGACAGAAAGCACAGCUGGAGUGAUGUUGGAUCCUCAGAACGACGGGGACAUCUUCUUCUGCUGAGGACGGGGACAGCUUACAUGUGAAGCAAUGCAGACUGCAUAUGCCUCUGGGCACUGUCCCCACUUAAAGGAUGGCAGUCCAACUAACACGAGCACUCACCUCCUCCGUGAGUCCCCAGGUCAAUCAACAAAUACACCCCCCCCCUCCUACGUUUCAUCAGUAAAAGAUGCCAAGGAGGACCGAACAAGAGGAAAAGCUGUUUUUGAUUUCUCCUGGCUGCAGGGAGAACCCUCAAAUCUCCUCCAGAAUCCAAACUGUAGCUUCAACACAAAGCAACAAGUGCCAUUUCUUUCAACCCUCUGUGAGUAUUUCACACGCUGCUAAUGCGCCGUGUGUCCCUCCCUCCGGCUUCCAGCAGCUAUCGACCCUGAGUGGGUGCAGAACCCAAAGCGCAGGCUUCCAGAUGCUAUUGAUUGACACGUCAGCCACCAGAGAGAAGGAUGAGCACCAAAGACUUUUAGUGCCUUAAGUUUCUGAUCUAGUCUCCGUCUGAUGGACGGAACCAACGCUCAGAAAUGGUCGCCAAGCUAAAGAAAUCUGUCAUCAAUCCUUAAAUGCCUUUUUAGUGUGACAAUCACAGCAGUGCAACUCACCUGCAGCUCAACAGGAUCAGGAAUACACCGAUUUUAAACAUGCACUUUAUUUCAUUUUAACGGCCUGCCAUUUCCCCUUCUAAUCAGAAUUUGGUUUGAGUAAUUUGGUGCUAGACUGAUCUGUAACAAACUAGCUGCAUUUAUAUCCAAACCAAUCUGCAUUCUCAAUGUAUUGUGAAUACACAGAGACCCAGGAACUGUUUUUUGCAUCUUUUUGUAACUUGGAGCACAAGUUGAAUUGAGUAUUCGUCAGAAACCAUUCGGGAAGGACGGAAUACUUCAUCAGCAGAAUGACUUGAACAUCCAUGUCGAUUUAAAUCAAUUUGGAUAAUUGCAUUACUGAUAUUGCAUUUGUUGGCCCCUCUGUAGAAAGAAAGACAAUACUAAUUUUGUCUUCAAAAGAGAGACAAUCAGUGGUAUUACAUUCUACUUGGUAAAUAAUGUGGAAGGGUUAACAUCACAUCAAAUGAAGGCUCUGACCUUAACUCUUUUAUUUUUUACACCCUCGGUUUCAUGAUUCCACUUCCAUUCGUCAUGAGUUUAUUGGAGUUCAACACAACCGUCUUUACACAUUUAAACUUGUUUCAGAGUCCAGUUGGCGUGAGCUUCUUAUUUUCUUGAUAAGGACUUAUAUUUUGAAACUAAGAGGAAGAA